AGUAAAGUGUUCUACUCCUGUCGUUUUUUUUACAAUAUUACGAAUUCUGCUGUAAUUUACAGUACAAUAACAUAAUAUUCAUCGCGGAACUUUCAAAACUUACAACUUUCUCAAAAUGUUUGUUGUUUUCAAUUUUAUUUUAAUCAACACUGUGUUGGUCGUUCUCGUUUCGGCCUACGCCGUUUCGUCUCAAAACGGUAAGUUUUUUUUUGUUUUUAUCGAGUUCAUAAUAAUUGUUACGUUUUGUGUACGAGAUAUAUUAUAAUAUUAUUUAAAUAAUUAAUUUUUAUAACUUGGUAUAGUUCGCGUUUUUAUACUAAUAAUAUAAUAUUUCAAGAGCAAUAUUAUGAUGUUUUAUAAUGUUUUGUAUUGGCGAGUAAUAUUUCGGGCAUACAUUGAUUGCUCAGUAAAUCGCAGGUAAAAAAAGAAAAAUUAUAGGAUUGAAAAAAUGUAUACGUCUAUUGCGCCGGAAAAUUAAUAAUAACUUAAUUAAAUAGAUAUGUCUAAGUUAAUUUUUAGUAUAAUUUCAAUACAAUUUGUAUAAUAGUUUAUAAUUCUAUAAUAUAAUAUAUUUCUAUAAUACCUACUUUAUGAAAUUCGUCUAAUCUAGUUUAUAGUUACAAUUGUUGUUGAAAUGUAUGUCGAUGAAAUGGGUGUUUAUUUUUCACUUUUCUAAAAAAUGUAUUGAAAAAUAAAUAAAUUAAAAAUAAGACAAAUUUAUAUUUAGAUUUACGCACUUUAUUAAAUUUUUUUGUAGUGAUAGCUUAAUUUUUUCACUUAUUCAAACAAUUUGUUCAAAGAUUUCCAUUUAAAUAUUUGGAUAUAUUUUCACUAUGGUUUUUUGUUUUCGUUUUUUUUUUUUUUGGGUGUUGGCGGCCUCUCGAACCAUCCCAUUAUACAUCCAGCCUUCUAUCCAUCUCGGUCAGCUGUUCGUGCCUUCCAAUCACUUCCUCCUCCUAGCUCUUCCACACCAUUCUUCACUACAUCUUCCUAUCUCAUUCUCGGUCUACCAAUGGGUCUCUUUCCUUUAGGGUUCUUUUCUAGUUUUCUAGUUUUUUUCUAAUGGGUUUUAGUUUCUCCAAGCGUGUCCUGCCCAUUAUAGUCUCUUACUUCUUAUUGCUUCAACGAUGUUUGGUUUUUGGUAUAAUAAUUCUAACUCCUCGUAUUUCCUUAUCCUCCAAUCAUUAGUUAUACUGUCCUUUAAAGGUCCGAGAAUUCUUUUUAGAAUUUUUCUUUCAAAAGCGAGGAGUCUGUUUUCGUCGGUUUUGCGAAUUGCCCAAGUUUCUGCUCCAUAUGUAACAAUUAGUCCUAUCAAGGUAGUGUAUAAUUGUUUCUUUAAAUCUCUUGACAGGGAUCGAGCUCCUAACAGCUUCCCUAGUCCGAAAAAGCAUUUGUUUCCAGCCUUGAUUCUUGCUUCUAUUUCCUUUGUUGUUUCACUAUUUUCUGUUAGAAUCAUUCCCAGGUAUUUGAACUGAUCCACUCUACCAAAAUUAUAUUGAUAUAUCCUUAAGAAGGGGCUGCGAACAAUCUUUCGUUGUUUUGCUUCCUUAUAACCAUAUUAUUUUGUCUUCUCUUCGUUGACACGUAACCCUAUUUUUGCUAAUGACUUUUCUAGCCGUAUAAAUAGUCACUUAAGCUCAUUUUGUGAUUCUGUUAUCAGUAUCAGGUCAUCUGCGUAUACUAAUAGUUCUAUAGUAUGACUUUGUAAAUUUACUCCUUCACUCUGUCCCAUAUUCAUUUCCCUUAUAACUUUUUCCAAUGCAACAUUAAAUAAUGUAGGCGAUGAAGAGUCUCCUUGCCUUAGUCCUGUCCGUACUUGUACUUGUUCCGAUUUUAUUUUAUAUUUCCUAUUCAGACUUUAACAUACGUUUCCAUAAGACUUGACUUGAUCAGAUUUAUCAGUUUGUGUGGAAAAUGGAACUCUACCAAAGUACUAAUUAAACCUUCUCGGUGUAUGUUAUCGUAUGCCUUUUGGAAAUCAACGAAAAGUACAUGCAUUUCCUUAUUGAACUCCCAUGUUUUUUUUGUAAAAGUUGCCUAAUAAUGAAUAUUUGGUCAGUUUUUGAUCUACCUAGCCUAAAACUACCUUGAUAUUCUUUAAUUAAAUUUUCAGCUGUCCCUUGUAUCCUUGAUAGAAUGCAGCUAGUAAAUAUUUUGUACGCUUUAUUUAAGAGUGCUAUUCCCCGGUAACUUUUGCAGUCCUUUCUAUUUACCUUCUUAUGUACGGGACAUAUCAUCAUUUUUGUUUUUAUUCUUCUGAUUUUGAACUUUACUUUGCUAUUUAUUUGUAUACAAGGUUGAAGUUGUAUCGUUUUUAAAACUUCAUAAAAAAUAAAAAUAUUUGGAUGGGGCUAAUAAUAAUAUUUCCCAAACGCUAAGUGAAAUGUUUCACAGGUAUUUGUAGUUCUUUCACCUGAUAUGUUACACGAUGUCCAAAGAUAAGGUUGAAAAGUUGCAUCUUUACUAAUAUAUGUAUCAACGAGGUAAUUACAAAAUACAUUUAUUUGAUCGACCGUUGGUUUAAUACUCAUAAAAUAAAUUUCGAAACAAUUGCAGACGUUUUUAGAUUCAAGUAGUGGUAGUCCAAACAUCCACUUCAACCAUUGUUCAAUUUCACUUGAAUUAUCUUUAUACUCUAUAGAUAAACAUAAAUUUUGAAUUUUUCUCCACCAUGCUUGUGAGAGGUAAAAACGACAAUCACAUAAAAUUAUAGUCGGUCAAACUGCAAGAACAGCCUUAAGUAUACUUUGAUCAAAAUCCACAAUGCAGAUUUUAGGCUUAAAAUUGAUGUAUAAUUUCGAUUCACAUACCUCUAAUAAACUUUUGAAUGCUUGUUCAUAAAAACUAGCUUCUUUAUUUUGCAAAAGAAAGAAAACUAAUGGAAUAUAAUGUUCGUUGUUAACUGUAUGUAUUGUGAAUAAUUGAUAAAAAUAUUGAGGACAGUAAGAAAAUGUCUCAUCCAUAAAUAUUUUUUCUUGACAACAGAGACAUUUUAAUUUAGUUACUGUUGAAAAUGCCGUUAUUUUAUUUUUAAAAUUAUUUAUAGAUAUAAAUUCUUCGUUUUUGUUCGUGUAUUAAUGUUAAUUAAAGUUUCUUGGUUUUCUCUCAAAUUUUUGGGAAAUAACGGAGUAUUUUUAUAUAAAUACAUUUUAUUAAUACUUACAUAUAAAUUAUAUAUUUAAUAUAUCUAUAUAAAUUUUGUCUUAUAUUUGAUAUAUCAUCAGUUUUAAAAUUGUUUGUUAAUUUAUUAGAUAGUUCUUUACUUAUUAUUUUUAACGGCUUUUCUGUUAAAUCGUCCAUUACUUUCCUUUUCACUUAAUUUGAAAUAAUUUGCUAUUAUAGGUGUUUAGGAGGAGGAUGGUCGUGUUUAAUUUCUUCGUUUAAAAUGGUUGUUUUACUUUCGUCAAGGUACAGCUUAGAGUUGUAAUUUUUAUUUGUACACCGCCAUUUUCGUCAUUUUUAGUAAGUUCUUUACAAGAAAAUGUAUAGCGUUGAAAAAUUAUCUAUUCCUUACCACGUUCACUUACAAUUUCUUCUAUUAUUAUUAUAAUUAAAUUAUUUUAAAGAACACAAAUUCACUAUGACUAUCUAUAACACUACGGAUGUACUACUAAACUGCAAAUUUUCGAUUUAUAUACUAAACGAAUAAAAUUUGUCUAUUUAUGUUUAUCUUCAAAUAAUCAAAUAAUAUUAUUUUAAAAGUAACGGUUUUCCAGAGUACAACGGCGUAAACGUAUUUCAAUCUAUAUUGUUGUAUGAUAAAUCGAGAAAAUUAUUCUUAGAUAUAUUAGAUUACGACACGGAUUAUCGAUCGGCGCAAUUGAUGUAUACCUUUUUUGUACCGGCGCAAUAGAUGAAUAUAAUACAGAUAGCGUCCCAAAAUCGACGUAAUUCACGAACACCGAAUAUUUCCUGUGUAGUUUAACCUUAUUUCCAUUUACAUAUGGUAUUGAUAUGAAUAUAAUAUUAUCUGAAUUGCCUAUCGAUAAUUCAACGUUGGGUGUUAUACAGCAAGAAAAAUAUUAGGAAUUCAUAAUAAAGAAGUCAAAAAAAAAAAAAAAAAACCGAAGGAUACUAUAAGUUAUUAUUUAUUAUUACUAUUUAUUCUAUUGAAUUAUCGAAAAAUAUAUUUUUAUUCGAGUCGUGGAUACAAUUGAAUUUCCAAAGAAAUUCGUUUUGAUUAUUUUUACAUGACUAACUUAUAUAAGUUAACUUAAACUAAUUUAAUCGAAUUUCAAUAGGUAUAAUAAUAUUUUUUUCGAAUGAAUUAUUUAUAGAAGCUCGGUCCGUAUAUUUUUGAGGGGGAAAAAUAUUCAAUUUUGUGAGACGGUUUGUCGAUUUGCUUUCAGAAGUCAAAAUAAAACGAACUAGUAAUCAAUGAAACCGAGGCCGCAAAUACUCGUAAAUUACAUAUAUAAUUUUGAAUCAUUAUUGUUGUAUUUUACGUGAAAAAAUUUUGUGAAAUUAUACUUGAAAGGGCGUCAUGGGUUUGGGCGAAUUACCUUUUUCUUUGCACAAUGAAAACAAUGUGUUUGGGCUAGUUCCUUAUAAUGCGUUUGAGGUGAGUAUGAUAGCAAAAUAAAUUAAUAUCAUAGAACAACUGCACAUAAUAUUGUACAAUCGGUUUUUCUGUAUCGUUAAUCAGAUAUACUUAAUCACAAACUAACUAGAAUUUUGAAUGGAAUUUACGGAUAGCCCCAAGUCUGUCAAAAUGAGAGGGAAAAUGGAUUAUUAAAAGUCGCCCAAACUGAAUACAAUAUAUUUUUAAAAUUACUCACCCAAACGCAAACCACCUGCUUGUGAGAAUUGCCAUUAUUAAAAAAAAAAAAAAUUUUUUAAAAAAAAAGGGGAACGCGUUUUUUUUUUUUUUUUUUUAGAAUCUGCAUAUAUACCAGCCGAUGAUGGCGAAGAAUUACUGUACGCGAAUAAUGAAAAGCAUACUAGUACUAUCGAGGAAGGUAACACGGCAAAACACGUGUUUUAUUGGCUUUACACAAGGUUUAGAAAGUUUAUAACAAUAAUGUCGUUACGACUAUGCCGGGGAUUUUUCAUUAAGUUUAUAAUUUCAGAGAUCACGAGGUCGGUCAGCUUUUGAACAGAAGCGAACCACACAUGAUCGAAUCGACGACAUACGAUUCGAAAAAUCUAAUUAAAUUAGUAGUGCAUGGUUGGCUGGGAUAUUCUUCGGUUAACGAUAGUAUUUGUCCGUACGUCGUCAACGGUAAGUCACUGUAGAAUAUAAUUAUUAUAUCGAGCGAACAAUUAAUUAUAAUGGCCGCGGAAAAAAUGAUCGGUUCGAAUAAUCUUACAAAAUUGUGGACGAGAUUUAUUGUUUAUCUCAAACAAUAAAUUAUUGGACUUUAUAUAAGUAAUUUAAAUCACGAGUCUGUGUCGAUUACAUGUUUAAAGCUAAGUUACACUUGAAUUAAAAUGAAGUUAUGAUUGUGUCGCACCAUCGAAUUUUUAGAAUACUAAGGGGAAGAAACACUAAAAGUAAUUUUCGGUAUUUUGUUCCUAUUACUCGAAAUUUUAACAAUUUUAACUUUUACAAUCUCGAGGUUAAGAACUAAUAAUUUGCGUAAUUUCCAACAUCUGUGAACAGUAGUAUUUACAAAUCUAGGGAAAUCUGUAUACCAUCUUAAAUUAACAUCUUUAUAAUGUCGAUGGUAUUCCAUAUAAAAAUGACAAACUCUUAUUAAACGAAAUUAAAAUUCAUAUUACUACAAAUUUACUAUAAACAAACGGAAAAUAAACAAAUAAAACGCAACCAAUGUUAAAACUAAAUUGAAACGUGAAACGAAUUUUUUCUUACUAUAAAUAUUGUAGUUUGUAAAUUUAUUGUAAACUGUUAACAAUUAUAUUUGAAAUAGAAAACUUAAAAAGUUAAGCCACAGGUAAAUCACAGUUUAGAUUAAGCAUUGCUUAAAAUAAAUUAAGUUGGCAAAUAGUGUUGAUGCAACAAAAAAAUAAUAUUAAAGAACUUUUAAUCCGCACUUAAAUGCUAAAAAUGCACUUAAAUGUAACCGCGGUGCAAAUGGGCAUAAAUCAUUUAUUUGAAGUACGUUGGAGUUAAUAAUGCAAUAUGACGAUAAUGACUGUAGGAUAAAGAAUUCAAUUUUAGUUAUAACGUUUAAUCGAUUUAGAUAAAUUGUUUAAAUAGGAUAUUUAAGAGUCGGCGAAUACAACGUGAUUUGUGUGGAUUGGGAAGAAUAUGCGGCCGAUAUGACAUACGCGACUGCGAAAAUAAGAGCUAAACAUAUCGCUAAAGAUAUAGCCAAAGUUUUGACGAGGAUAACGUACAAUAUGACAGAAGCGGUCGACUCGAUUCACUUGAUCGGACACAGUAUGGGAGCUCACAUUGUCGGAUUCGUAGGAAAAAUAUUGACAAAUCAAAUCCCUCGGAUUACAGGUACUAUCGUUGAUUUUAAAAUCAAUUAAUCUAUAAUCCAUAUUACCUGUAACUGAUUACAGGUUGUAAUUUUUCUGGUUAUUUGAUAUUCUCCUCCUCUCACUUCCAAUACGUGUCCUUCCCAGCUUAUCCUUUUGAUUCCAAUUGUUCGUACUCUCCUAUAUUCUGGUUAAGUUGAGGGUCCGUAAUAUCUUUCUUUUAAAUCUUGUCAGGCUUUGUUCAUCGGUUUUUUUUCACAGCCCCAGUCAUAUGGUUAAUGUGUGUACAGCGUGAUUGGGCGCAUCAUUACGUAUCGUGAUUCUUACUGAUACAAAUUAAAGUAUAAAGAUUAUCAUUAAGGGAUCCGAUUUCAGAGCGUUUUUGCUUCAAAAAUAUGCCUUACAAAAAAAAUUCUCACGUUUCGUAGAGUGGUCUGAUUUCGAUAGUUAUAUUUUUAUUGGAAAAAGAAAGAUUUCUUAGAGGUAUACUAAACUCCGCUUUUCAAUAUUUUCAGCUUAAACUAUAUAAUACGUUUUCAAAAAAGGUCAAUUUUCAACUUCUAGGUAUUUUUUCAUAGCAUUAUUUGAAAUCAAAUAAUCCGAGUUCAAUACGGUCUGUAAAAUGAUGUUAUUAAUCAAUUUAUAAAACAAUUAGCACAUAAUUAAUUUGUUGACAAUUAUUUAACCCUAUCAUUAUGAAGUUAUUUUCAUCUAUACAAAUUGUUGUAACCCUUCCUUCUCAUUGGGUAUCGGACAAUAGAAUAGUGGAAAAGUCUUAUUUUUAAGGCGGAUAUUAAAAUGUUGAAAAUCGGAGAAUAUUUGGAAAAUUUCAUCGAGUCUCUUAGGGCAUUUCAAUGUUUUGAAUUAUUAGUUUUGCUAAUAUUUUUAAAUAUUUUUUAAGGCGUUUAAUAAAAAAUAAAAAAAAACUCAAUAUUGAAAUAUUUGUUUUUGUUUUUUUGAUAAUCGUUUUAGGAUUGGAUCCCGCCAAGCCUUUGUACGCCAAUAGUGAUCCAGUAGACAGAAUUGACAAAACCGACGGAAAAUUUGUAGACAUUAUACACACAAAUGGCAAAAAAAAUGGAAUAUAUGACCCUCUAGGCGACAUAGAUUUCUAUCCGAAUGGCGGAAAAAGACAGCCCAACUGCAAUAUAUCAGGUUAGACGCAUUAAUUUUUAUUUACUUUUUUUUUUAAAAGACCAUCACGAAUAUUAAUUUAUAAUUGCACUUUAAAUAACGUCUCUCAGAAUCGCAGGAUAAAAACGUUGUCAUUACCAACUCCCUCUCCCCGAAAUCGAAACUGCCAUUGGCCAUAUACUUAACUACUAAAAAUUAACACAGAUAAUUGAUACAAUUAAUUAAUUUUAAAGGGGUGAAAUAACGGCAACCUCAACUUCAAUUUAGGCUAAAAGUUAAAAAUAAGCUUCUGUUCGUCAGUUAUCAUCAUAUAGAUAUCCCGUAUAGUUGUCGUCCAUAUAGUAUUUGGUAUAAUUAAAUUUUCGAUAAUUUAUAAUAAUUAUAAAUAUUUAUAAUAUUAUUAUACAUUUUUUACGUGAUGUCAAUUCAAUAAAGUAUCUAUUGAAGGAGAAUCGAAUUGAAUACCAAAUUGAUUUAAAUAUUUUGAAAAAAUUAACGUUUUAUAAACGAAUAUGACGUUUAUUUAGACCAAUAAGCUAGAAUUACACUUAUUCGCUACUUGUUCAAUAUUCAUUUUGAAAACGUAUUCGAUUUAUUUACUUUUUGUCAAUGUUUUAUGAGAAACAUUUAUUCGUUUUUUUUUUUUGAUUUAGUUAAUUUAACUAUUAAUAUUUUAAUUAAGUUAUAAUUAAAACAUUUAAUAUUAGGUUGAAAACAUAUUUAAUAUGUUAAUUUUUCUCCAGCUAAUUGAUCAAAGUUUUUCUUCUUCGCAUUCAUCUGAAUUAUUUGGUGACGCCAUUUAUCAUUUUAAACUUUCACUUCGUGAUCACAUACACCCACCGUCCUCAUAUCAUUCUCAAUCACAUCCAACCACCUAUUUUUCGGUCUUCUUUCCCCCCGGCUAUGCCUAUUUUUAUUGCUAUUCUUACUGAUUCUGUCAGUAAAUUUCUUCUCAGUUAGGUCCAUUGUCGGAGCCUAAAAUCAAAGUUGUAAGCUGGAAUUCGCGGAGUUCCGUUUAGAGUAAUAGUACUUAUUUUUUUUUUUUUUUAGAAAAAUAUUAUUAUGUCCUAUUGUAAAUAAAAAUUAUGACGGACAUACCUAUAAUAUUAGUACUUCCAUGUUUUAACGUUUAGUCAAGUAUAUUAUAAUAUUCUCUGUUCGCGUAUUAUUAUAAAAUUAUAGUUACCGGUUCGUGUAAUCAUGCGAAAUCUUAUCAUUAUUUCGCGCAAUCCAUAUGGGCCAAAGAAGAUUUCGUCGCGACUAAUUGUACCAGCUGGAGGGACUACUUGAAGGGCCGUUGUAAUAAUUCGGAUACCACUUACAUGGGCGAAUACGUGGAUAAAAAGUUAGUACACUAUAGUUUUUAUUAUUCCGGUGAUUUGUUUUGUUUUUUAAUUUCUUUGUUUUUUUUUUUUUUUCUAUUAGUCAAACCGGAAAAUACUAUUUAAAAACCCCUGUAGACCUGGAAUACCAAUAGAAAGUUUGUAAAGAGACGAGUAUUAUUGUAAAUAAAAAUUGUAUUUAUUUGCGUAUAGUGUUAUGUAAAUCGCCUACAUUUUUAUUUGUUUAAAAUUCGUUUGUAGGAAAUUAAUUUUUGUACAUUAAUUUAUAUUAAGUUUUAUUUUUUUUAAAUGUAUUUUAUAUGCGCUCAAACGACAUAAUGUUAAUAAUAGUAUAUCGUUGUACAUAUCAUUACGAUUAAGUAGGAGUUGAAAAAUAAGUUAUGCG